UACACAGCCGACAAAGUGAUCACACAGUCAUUAUCAAGCUGCGGACAAGCGCGGAUCAAGUGAAGCCAAUCAAAUUGAGCAGCCGACCAAAGCAAAGGAGCAAACUAAAAACAGCUAUUCUAAAAUCCCCACAUCGACAACGAUUUAGAGUGCCUUGAUUUAAAAAAAAAAGUAAUAAUAAUAAACAUUUAUGCGCUUACCUAUGCAAAGCUGGGCUUGAAAUAGAAAACUGGAAAAAGUUAUUUUUCAAUUCGUGUAAAUUUUUCGGCGAAGUUCGCCAUAGCAAUGAUGCCGAGCAAAAACCGACGCUUCAUAUUCAACAUAGUUGGAUUAUGUCUAGUCAUACUGGGAAUAGGAAAUGUGUUAUUUGGUGAAAAUAUGUUGAACAAAUUCUUAGAAAAGGAAAUGAUUCUACGACCCGGUUCAAAAAUGUUCGAAUUAUGGAAAAAACCACCUAUGAAACUGACUUUAGAUUUUUACCUAUUUAAUUGGACAAAUCCACAAGAUUUUCAAAAUCGUGAUAUAAAACCAAAGUUCGAAGAACUGGGACCAUAUCGCUUCACCGAGGUGCCACACAAAGUCGAUAUCAAAUGGCACACACAAAAUGCAUCACUGACUUAUAAAAAACAAAGCAAAUAUUAUUUUGAUGCCGCGAACAGCAAGGGGCAACUGGAUGACAAUAUAGUGACACUCAACUCGUUGGCGGUGUCACUUGCAGCUAAAGCGAAACGCUGGAGUCCGUUACGUCGUCGCGUGAUCGAUAUUGCUUUAAAUGUCUAUAACGGUGAUAUUUCGAUAACGAAAUCAGUGAAUGAGUUACUAUUUGAGGGUUUUGAUGAUGUGCUUUUGAAUAUGGCCAACUAUUUGCCGACUUCACUCAUAGACGUGAAAGUGCCGUUCGACAAAUUCGGUUAUUGUUAUCCGCGUAAUUACAGCGCUGACGUUACAGGCAUAUACAAUAUACACACCGGCGCUGAUGAUAUGCGAAAAUUCGGACAAUUACACACCUGGAACUAUCGAGACACGACACGUGCAUACGCACCCGAAUGUGCUAAAGUCUACGGCUCGCCAGGCGAAUUCCAAACAUUAUAUCUACAGCCACACAAGCCGGUGAAUUUCUUUUUAUCGGAUGUCUGUCGUACAGUUGCAAUGGAUUAUGUGCAAACUACGGAAGUUGAGGGUGUUAAAGGUUUCCGAUAUGAGGGUGGCAAACGCAUGGUCGAUAAUGGCACAUUAUAUCCCGAAAAUGUGUGCCAUUGUAAUGGUGAGUGCGUGCCAUCCGGUCUAAUGAACAUAACAUCAUGUUGGUUUGGGUCACCUAUUUUUCUAUCCUACCCACACUUUCACGAUGCCGAUCCAUAUUAUCUCAGCGAAGUCGAUGGCUUAAAGCCCGACAAGCAAAAACACGAGCUGUACUUGGUGUUAGAGCCGAGAUCAGGGUUGAUGUUGGAGAUGUCGGCACGCUUACAAUCUAAUAUACUGGUUGAACCGGUUUCCGAUUUUAGAUUGUUCCGUGAUAAGCGACGCAUCUUCUUCCCGCUUUUUUGGUUCGAAGCUCGUACGCGCAUCUCACCACAGCUGUCGGAAGAGUUCAAAUUAUUACCGCGUGUGUUACUAGGUCUACAAGUAUUUGGCGUUAUCAGCAUAGUAAUUGGCGUGAUAAUGCUGGUUUGGUAUCCGAUUAAGUUGCACUUACAGAAUCGUCUUAUACAACAAAUAAAAAUCAACAAUUUAGACACACAAACCCAUCACAUUGUGGGCAAAGCCAUAUCAAUGCAACCGGAGAAUGCGCCACUGUUGGUGACAUCGGUGCAGGCGAAUGAAAAAAUAUUAGAAAGAGCCGAUACACAGCUGUCGGAAUUCAGUAUAGAAGCGAGCACGAGCUCAACAGAUCGCAGUUCAAUGCAAUCGACAACGAGCUCAACAUGAUUAGCUUUUAAUUGUAGCGGGUUCCUUAGUAGUUAUAAGCUUGUGUGGAAAAAACUUAGUUUUAGCAGCAGUUAAUAAGCAUUAUUUUAUAUAAAAUUGAAGUUUACUCAAUUACUUAGCUACACAUAUGUAUGUAUGUAUGUACAAGUAGGUAUGUAAAGGCGAUUUUAUACAAAAUAUUGUAGUGAUUAUUCAUUUAUGAAUGCCCUCAUUUUCAUAAACAUAGUUCUAUGUGCGUGACUUUGUGAAGCUUUACACAAAAUUAAGUAGGCAUGUAUUGUCUAGUUCUAGUUCUAGUUCUUUGGCAUUUUUAGUGGUUAGUUUACAAAAAAUCUACUCCAUAAUUUUAUAUGGCUUUUUGUAAUGAUUUUUUUUUUUUUGGUCUAGGUUAUUCUUUAUAUAUUUUAUAUUUUUAUAAACCAAAAAU